AGCAAUCGAGCCUUCCGUCGUCCGCCUGCUCGAUCCGCUGCGCGAUCUCCGGUCAGGGCAAAGCGCCUCUCUCGCUCUCUCCUGGAUCUGGAAUUUUGAGGAGUGAGAGAACUGAAGUGAUCUUGGAAGAGGGAUGGACACCGAGAGAGGGGCGGAUGCUGAACUCCGGCUGGUCCUGGUUGGAAAGUCCGGAGGCGGGAGGAGUGCCACGGGCAACACUAUCCUUGGCCGGAAAGUGUUCGAAUCGGCUGCAAAAACCACCACCCUGAAGUGCCAAAGGGAGCGGGGAACCUGGCAGGGCAUGAAGCUCUCCGUGGUCGACACACCCGCCAUGUUUGAUGUUGACAACUACACGGAGAUUGUGCGACGUGAGAUCAUGGCUUGCAUUCAGCUCUCCUGUCCCGGCCCCCACGCCUUCAUCUUGGUAACCCAGGUGGGACGCUUCACCGCCAAAGACACAGCCGCCUUGAAGUGUGUCCGGGAUAUCUUUGGGGCUAAGUGCAUCAGGCAUAUGAUUGUCCUCUUCACCUGCGUGGAGGAUUUGGAUGGGGCCCCCCUGCAGGAGUACGUCCGUAUGUCCGGCAACAGGAAUCUGCGUGACCUGAUCUGGCGGUGCAGGAAACGCUUCUGCGGGUUCAACAACAAGGCUACAGCAGCCGAGCGGGUGAGGCAGGUCUCGGAGCUGAUGGUGAUGGUGCAGAAAACCCUUUUCCAGAACAGCGGGAGAUACUAUGUCAACCGGCUGUAUCUCGAGCCCAACUUACGAGUUGAGCACAUCCGGAUGUUCAUUGAGCAGAACCGAAAGCCAUCCCGAAGCAUCAUCCACAUCCUCUUGGUCUUCUUCCUUCCACUCUGGUUGGCCUUUUGUGUUGGUGGACAGGUUUUUUCCUUCCUGAGAAAUGUAUUUGUCGCAUUAUUUGAAUACUUCUUCUCUUAAGUGUUCGAAUCCCAACUUUCUUUUGCCUCCAAGUCACAAAAAUGAUGGACAGCUAGUCCUUGAUUUAUGACCGCAGUGGAGCCCCAAAUUUCUGUGGCUAAUGGGCACAUUUCUGAACGGAGCUUGGCCCCAGUUUUACGACCUUUCUGGUCACCGUUGUUUGGCGAGUCGAAUCGCCAUCAUUGUCAAAACAGUUCUGAAGUGAAUCGGGCUUCCCUGUUGAUUUUGCUUUUCAGCAAAGGAGGGAAUCACUUGACAUAAAUGUGAGUCAGUUGCCGAGGUCUGAAUUUUGAGCAUGGGAAUGCUGCAACGGUCGUCAGGCUGGAUGGACCCAAGUCACACUUUUUUCUGCACCGUUGUAGCUUUGUACCUGUUGUAAGUUGAGGACUACUUAUAUUUUUUAUUCCCCUUUAUUCAAACCAUUGCAGAUGUGCAGGAAUACGUUUUCAUUCUGGUGUCCUUGGCGCCUCUCCUUUUUCCUUGGCCUGCCAAAACGGGCCUGGAGGUAUCAGCCGAGGGUCUUGGUCACCUUUCCUGAAAGCCGAUGAGAGAAGCAGGUUCUCAUUUUUGAAGAUCUUCCUCCAUCUUUCCCACGGGCAGCAGAAUUGUGUCCCCACCCCCGUUUCACCAGAGUUCCCCAACAUUUCCAGCAGAUUGCAGAUUGGCAGCGGAGGGAGAGUGGAUGUUCCGCGUGAGUGGCCGGCAUGCGUACGCAGCAUUUGUGUGACCAGUAUGUGUACGCCUGCCGCUUGCUUCAAUGGAGGGUGUGCAUGUGUGCUGUUUCCACAGCCUGGUUUCAAACCCCUCACAGCCCACUCUUUUCCUUUGUAAAUGGCACUGGAAAUGAUAAGAUAAAAAAAGAUUCAGAUAAGAUAAUAAAAGAAGAUACACGGUGGACACGAGAUAGAAAGAGAUGGUGAGAUAUGAGGAGGAUAUGAGAUAGGAUAAGAUAAGAUAUGAGAUAGGGCAGGGGUCCCCAACCUUUCUGGGUUGGCAGGGGAGGAUGAAAAGGUGAUUUUGUGGGGCAGGAAAGCACAGGAGGCUGCAGGCACCCAUGACGAGGCUAGCAUGAGGGGGCACAAGGGUCUGGGACGAGGCUCGCACGAGGGGGGCUGUGCAUGUGAGCAGAGGCGUGCACAGUGCCCGGCCACUCACACAGCCUGGGUGCAAUUAGCUUGUAGCAUUUUAAAGACUUCUUGUCUAAUUCACGGAGAUCUUUGUCAUCCUCCAGAGAGAAAGAAGACCCGUUAGUCAGGCACCCGGGCACACCCUGAGGUAAAAUCCAACUGCCUACAGAAGACAGGAGAAGAAAAAGGCGGGAAAGCAGUCCCUAUUGCAGGUAGUCCUCUGCUUAUGACAGUUCAUUUAGCGACCUCUCAAAGUUACCACGGCACGGGGGAAAAUGUGACUGAGCACCAUUUUUCACAGUUAUGACCUUUGCAGCAUUCCCCUCGUUCACAGAUGCUUGACCGGGGACUCACAUUUAUGACGGGGGCAGUGGCCCGUGUGUGUCACACAAUCCCUUUUUGCGAUCUUCCAAUGAGGCAAAGUCCACAAGGAAACUGGA